ACCGUGGUCAAGCAUCUUCGCCGAGUAUGUGCAACGUUUGUGAACUAUGUCAGGAGAACCGUGUGUGCAGCAACCUGUGACGGUUUCAGCGUCUACGCGACGAAGAAAUCUAGCAGGGAAGAGGACGAAUUCUUUGGGUUGGGCAAGCACAGAUUGUCACACCUGUGCAGGCCAUCGUUACUGCGACAGAAGAAGGCCAAGAUGUAGCGCCUGCCUCGCCGAUGGAGUGGUAUGCGGUGGAUAUGUACAGUCUCUGAACUGGGACAGAGGGAAAGUGCGAGUGGAGAGACCGAGGUCCGAGUCGACAUCGAAGAAACCAAAGAAACGACCCUCCAACACUCAAGCCUCACCACUGCCACAGCCUUCGGCAUUCGUGUUUGUCGACCAAAGUGAGCCAUCAGAACGGUCAAAGAAGCGAGCCCGAAAGAAUUCAUCGUUCAGCGAUUUGAGCACUGUCAACGCAAGCCCGCGAGGGUCGGUCGGCCGUGGAUCAAUUUCAACAGCCAGUGAUUCUAUGUCAUCAACCCUGUCGGACUCUUCGCAAAACCUGAAGUCUAUUGCAACAACCCCAGAGCCAUCUUCCGCGCAGAGUAUGGUCAUAUCUCUAUCGCCGCAUAUUCGACGUCAUCCCGGUGAUCUCGAGGACGCAUUAUCUUUCUAUCACUCAACUUUUUCCUACACGACUCUCACGUUUCCCGUGUCGGUGAAUCCUUGGCAUGCGGCGCUCAACUCGAUCCACGACGACAUCCCGUGCGUCCGCUAUGCAGCGAUAGCCCUUGCACAGCGACAACAAGCGCAUCUUCGCAAUAAACGAGAAGGCCUGGCUGUCCUGGACCUCAAAGCAAAAGCGCUCUCUAUCUUCGCAACUCACCUGGGCGACCUCUCCGUCGAAUCAGGCAUUAGUACCUCGCUGCUACUUGUGGCAUUGGACUUCGCCAUGUCAGGCUUCGAGAAUUGGGCAAUCCACCUACGCGGAGCCUUCCAGAUUCUUGAGUCGAAUGGUGGUAUCCGGCUUGCGGAAUCCCGCCAAACCCUUCGGAGUCAGACAGUGAUGCUCAUAUGGUAUGACGUGAACGCUGCCCUGCUAAGUCGUCGGCGGCCAAUAUUCCCAAGAUAUUACCUCGAAACUCUGAUGAUCUGGCAGAGCGACACGGAAUGGAGCAUUCUUGGGCUAAAUGGGCUCCCUGAUCGAAUGUUCCUUGACAUGUACGAUCUUGCAGUGGCCGCCGCGCAACCUGAAUGCUGUACAUCUGAAAUGACCUCAGCCUUUGAGGCAAGGAUUCUCAACUCCGAAACCAAAGACCAGGAAAACACUCAGAUCGUGUCUAUGUCAAUAGUUUGGAAAUUGGGGCUUUUGCUUUAUUGCAGGCGGGCUCUGUCUUCAGGUGUUUCUCCAGAUUUGAGUGACACAACUACGCCUACACCCAACGAUGCAGAUUCACCACUCAACUUUGAUCUGCACACACCUCAUAGCUUGGCAUGCGAGAUUCUCAACAUCGUUGCUGACCUUCCGCCAGACAGCAAUUUUCAGAAACAGUGCCUCUUACCAAUAGCCCUCGCAGGCGCGGAGGCGACCAAUCGCCACUAUCGCAGAAUUGCGGAGGAGUACUGCGAUCGGUGGAAGGAGAGAACUGGGAUGUGGAUUUUUGAUUCCGUAAUGGCGUUCAUGACUGGUGUUUGGGCGAGGAACGAUUCAGAUAUAACUGUAUCGGAGUUACAAGGCGAUGGCGAUGACGACUCUAGUGUGUCGCCGUGCGACAUAGGGACACGGAGCAUCACAGUGCCUUGGACGGAGAUAUACCCACGCGGUGUCGAGUACGGAUUUCUGUUCGGCUGACGAUAUAAAACGACAAAAUGUAGAUACCUGAAUGAGCAAAGACCAACGAGCGUCGAACAUAACCUUAACCACGC